GGGAGGCAAGUGGCGUGUCAGUCUGUGGUGAGCGGCCCUGACGUGCGACGGGCCGCGAGGAUGGCGCCCUCCACCACAGUCACUAGGCGGGUAAAGCGCAAGGCGCCCCGCGCCUUCCUCAAGCGCACCUUAAAGCAGAAGAAGCCUCACCUAGGUCUGGGGAGGUGCUGCGACCUCCUGAUCCAUUUGAAUUGCCUACUUUUUAUUCAGCGAUUGGCAGAAGAGUCCAGGACAAAUGCUUGUGAAAGUAAAUCUAGAGUUAUCAAAAAGGAUCAUGUACUGGCUGCAGGAAAGGUAAUUCUGAAGAAGAGCAGAGGUUAGGUGUCAGCAUGUGCUUAAGCAUUAUAUGAUAUGUUAAUUUAAAACACUUUUAUGUAUCAGUUUAUAUUGUGGUUUAUUAAAACAUUGAGGAAUUAUGCUUUAUUCAUUAAUGGCUUCUGAGUUUCUUUUGUGUUACUGUGUUGUUCCUUAGUGUGUCAAAAAUGAAAUCAUGCUGUAUUGAAUAGCUUGAAGAGAUGUGUACUCCUUUGACUAAAGCUUAUGUCUUUGAAUUUAGCCAGAAUUAUGCUGUGAAUUUAACUUCUAAGAAAGCAACAUACAGUAAAAUCUGGGUACAUUUUAAAGAUGUUAAUUUUGGAUGAAUUCACAAAACACUAUUUUUUUGUUACACUAGUAGUAAUAGUAAAAUUUCUCAAUUAGAAGAUUGUAAGCAUCAGCUAAAGUUUUUACAAACUUGUUUCCAUCUAUAAACCACAAACAAGAAGAUGUAAAUCAAACUGAUAUACUUUCUUCAGUCAUGAGAUUUAGUAGAUAAGGCAUUUUCCCAUGUCAAUCUUUUGGAAGCUUACUAUAUAAUAUUUAGUUUUCACUUUUGUUCUGAGAUAAUUCAGAUAGUAUAUGAAAUUACAAAGCUAAUAUAAACAUACAUUCUACAUUAAACACCCAGUUUCCUCAAUGCUUAUAUAGAAUAUAUAGUGUAAUAUAUCAAAAGCAAGACUUUGGUAAUUGAAACAGUAUAUGUGUAGCUCCAUGCUAUUUUAUCAUGUGUACUGAUUAUGCAAUUAUAGAACUACCUCAGUACCACAGAGGUCUUGUUGAUUUAUACUCAUCCAGCUACCAUGUCCUCUGCUAGUCUACUACCCUAACCAACUUUUCUCCAGCUCUAUAGUUUUGAGAAUGGAAGCAUGUCAGAAAUAAGCAUUGGAGAUGUUUUUCACUCAGUGUAAUACUCUUGUGAUCUGUCCCAGUCAUUGCAUCUCUUCACUGCUGAGUGUGGAUACACCAUAUUUUGUAUAGUUGGUUUGCCUAUUGAAGAGCAUUUUGAUUUGUCAAAUUUGGGGAUUGCUAUAAAUAAAAUUUCUAUGAAUGAUUGUAAACAGUUUUUUAAAAUCUGUGUAAGUUUUCACUUUUUUUUCUAGGAAAAAUGCCUAGAAGUUUGCUUGAUAGGUCAAAUGGCAAAUCUAUGUUUAACUUUAAAAAAAUAAAGAAAUAAAAACUACAUAGCUAAAGCAA